AACCCCCCCCCCUGACUAAGCCCCGGGAUCCGCCUGGUCACGAUGCUGUUUUCUCUCUCUUGGCCACGUCUUCUCUCCCCUCCUAUCUUCCUCUCUCCACUCCCGAUCUCGUCCACCUCGUUGGCGUCUCCACAUCACGUCUUCGCUUCGAUUCAAUAGAAAUGCCGCCAUUCUCGAGAACGCGGACAGGCUGCUUCACCUGCAGAGAAGACGGCUACAAAUGCGACGAACAGAAGCCUUUCUGUGGCCGAUGCAUAAGACUUCACAAGGUCUGUAAAGGAUACGGAGUUAGGUUGAAGUGGCAGACUCCUCAGGGGCCGACCAAGUCAAAAGCUUCUCGAGCCAGACGACAAGGGGCACCAUGCUUAAACUCCAACCAUCCAAACAAAAAAGUCGUGGCGACGGCGCCUUCUAGCAUCGGGUUCGAGUCCGCGAAACCGAUGAUAGUGAUAAGGCCUGACCCUUCGUGCAUCGUGCCGAGCGAUGUCAACCCCGUAACCCGAUACUUGCUUAAUCAUUGGUCGGCGACCUUGGCCACGAUGGUAUCCAUGACCCCGACUCCACGGAAUCCGUUUCUCGUCCAUCUUACCCCGAUGAUGGCCCAUUCCGUCGCUCUACGAUUUGUCCUGUGUUCGAUCGCGGCAUGCCACUUAGCAAUACUCAAGCCUGACGAUUCGCUUCAUACCUUGGCGACCCGCUACCAACUGUCCGCCGUUUCGUCGCUCAGGCAAUCAAUUAUGACUGAUACUCCAGAGCUGUCUCUCGCUGCCAUUCUGAUGCUACAGGUCUCUGACAGACUCUUUACCAUGGAUUCUGGCGUCGAUCAUCUGUCUGGCGCGAAGGCAAUUAUCAGCCGAAGCGGAGCCCGCGUGUGGAAGAGCCCUAGCGCCUCGUUUCUCCUCGGCCUAUACUCCUACCAUGAUAUAUUGACUUCUGUUUCUCGAGAUGCUAGUCCCGUUUUCGAGUUUGAUGGCAGGUUCCCGAUUGAAGGUAUGGAAUCCAUGAUGGAGCUCACCUCAAUCUUGCAAAUUGUCGGUCGGAUUAGCAGGAUGCGAGAUCGGGAUCGGGAAGAGCUUGAUGCGCAGGGCCACGCGAUCGAGUUUACGCUCAAUGCGCUAGACAACUUUGAGGAAACAAAAGGAGAUGCUGGCCACACUGUGCAGGCGUAUAAGCACGCUGCCUUCAUAUAUCUGCACCGGGUCUGGCACAACCAAGGAGCACCGCAUCCUUCGACGUUAAAGCAGGCUCGGACCUGUCUCGGCCACCUUGGCCUUGUCCCGGUAAACUCGUCUCUCGUAUCGGCUCAGGUUUGGCCUCUCUGGACGGCUGGGUGUGAGUCAAUCGACGACGACCAGCGCCAGUUCGUACGAGACAGAAUCGACGCAAUGUACGAGGCUCGUCAUCUGCCGUCACUGCGCCGAAUUAAGCAGGACAUUGAAGAAGUCUGGCGGAUCAAGGAUGAACGGCGAAACCUGAUCGGAGUUGACAAUGUCGAUUGCAUCAAAGCCAUACUGCAGAACCGACAGAGGGAAGCCGAUAUUGCAGCGUGACGUUCCGGACUACUUUACCUUACGUGCUGGAGUCGAGUACUACUGUUGAUGAUAUCCGACG